AUGGAAUCGCCAAUAAUCGAUUAUGGAAUCGAAUUGUAUAAAAGUGAGGCGCAUUCGUACGAUUUUGUCAAACAUUUCGACAUGCUCAAGUCGUUUGCCGUUCUCGUCGUCGUUGUCAACGUGUGCAACGCCGGACUAUUCACGGCGCUCACCAACUUCGACAUCACCGCCAAUCUGCGAUGCUCGAUCCUUCAGCCGGGUGAUCGUUGGACAUUCGAGCUGACCUUCUGGGAGAGAGAUCGGGGAUUUGACGAUGACCGAAUCAGCAACACGUAUGCCGCAAACGUCGAAAAGGAGACGAUUUCAUUUUUGGGAAAAGCGAUUGACGAUGGAGAAGGUUAUCUUCAGAAUUUCUUCAAUGCGCGCUAUGAAGUUUACGCGUACAUUCAACACAACUGCACCGAAACGGGAAAUGUGAAAGUGGUCUCCUACGACGUCUCGAAUGCCAAUGUCAAAUCAAAGUACGUCAAAGAAACCUUCGAUUUGACACUUGACAAUAUGGGCAAGCAAUCGAAGUUCACCGAGAAGCUCAAUCGUGUGUUGAAGCCGCAAGUUGUGAACAAAGUCAUCGAAUUCACGCCAUAA